GAAAUGCGACUGGUAUUUGUUUCCAGUUUAAUCGUCUUUUUGGGCAUUAGCCUAGCCUCCUCAAAGCUAUUGGGAGAGUCUUCUAAUCGGGCAAAAUUAAAGCGACUGAAUAAAUCGGAUAUGGCAAAAAUGAUAGAGGACUCAAAGUUACUAGAAAAAUUGGCAAAGGAAACUUAUUUCGGUAAGGUGCCCACUUCUGAGGAAACAUAUAAAACCAAGGAUUCCACGAGCGGCGAAACAUAUCUAAGCAAGGAUCCUACGGAUGAAGAAACUCAUCUAAGCAAGGAUCCUACGGAUGAGGAAACUUAUCUAACUAAAGAUCCUACUGCAGAGCAGACAAGAGAUGCAACUGGUAUUAGUGGAAAGGAGGAGGAGGAGCUUCUUGCUGAAGAGGAUGACGAGGAAGAGGAUGAAGCCACUGUGGAUAAACCCACUGAUGCUGUGCCCUUGAAUUUCCUUAAAUAUCCCGAAUAUGUAGAGGACUUUAAGCCAUAUCCACGAUUUGCUAUCCUACGAAAUGGUUAUGUACAUCACAUGAAUUUGGACUUUUAGUUAAAGAUAUAAUGACGAAUUUGAUAUAUUUUCGAUAAGAAUAUCGAUUAUAGAUCCUAAAGUGUCUCUGGUAUAUAAAUUUAUGUUUGAAAAUUCACUUUUAAAUAUUAAAUAUAAACUUUUCCGACGUUGAAUCGAAAUUUUGACUUAAAAAUGUUUCCUUUUUCAAUUUGUAUUGCCAAUCGAUAUUUCCGAUUUUUUAAUAUAUAUCUUUAUCGAUUAACAUCUCCAA